AUGUGCGACGUCGGCUGCGUCUACGCCGAUUUGGGACCCGGUGUCACCUUCAUCCCAGAUGGACAUUGGUACGAGAACGGCGGGAACACGAAAGUGUCACGCACGCCAUACGAUAACGCCACAUUCGUUUUUACUGGAACGUCCAUUGAGGUGCUGGGCGCACAGCUCACGUUGAACGAAGGCCUGGACGGAUGGUCAGCAUACAUCCUAGAAGACGGCAGCUUGUCGAAAAACACCGAGAUCCCCCCUACAACACCAGAUUCUUUCAUCACCCUUUUCUCGACCUCACUCCCUGCUGGAGACCAUACGCUGACCGUGCACAAUGGGGGUGUGGCGCUUACCCUACACAACUUCAACGUCGGUGUAAACUCCCAAGGAGGGUUGGCCCCAGGCAUUCCCACGGCAAGUGCCAGCAGCCUCACCUCAACUUCGACACUAGUACACCCCACGACCACUAUUAUAUCUUCCUCUAGGGGUCACUCCUCUACUCUUACCACCUUCGUCCCCUCCUCGCCUUCAGGAAUAUCCUCGCUGUCGUCGACCAAAGCAACUACGAGCUCCACAAGUAGAGCUUCCAGCAAUACCACUAGUUCAACGUCACACCAGACCCCUACGCCUUUGUCAUCAUCUUCAGCUUCGUCUGCUGCCUCCACUUCCCUAUCGUCAUCUUCAACGUCGCCUACGACGACCCCGCCUGUGCCCCCAGCUUCUGUACCCCCGCCCUCUUCAACCGUCAAGGUCGCCAUCAGUGUGGCAGUGCUCGCCAUCGUCCUCGUCGUUCUCAUCAUCAUUUUCAUCGCCAUAUGGCUUCGCCGCCGCCGCGGGGGACGACUAAUCGUAGUAUCUCCGGGGCUUCCCAGAUCGCAGACGCUUUUCUCCGAGACCGAAACCGUCAUCGAGAGAGCGGAUGCCGACGGCGUCCUCUUGAUCGGCAAAUACGUACCGUCCUCGAACUUCGGCUCGGGGGCGCUUUUGGCGCUCCGGCAUGGUUCUACCAGAAGCGACGCCGCCUUGUCCAGAACGCAGCUUCACUCUACCGUUGGCGAAACGGUUCCACUUCCAAGCGUGAAUCUGUGGUUCGUGGACCUGGCACGCCUCUACACAUUCACCAUCAGCGGCGGCGCCCCCGUCCUCGUUGGCGCAGGGGUCCUUCAGCAGCUCCACGACGCCCUGCGCAAGUCGGGACUCCCGAAGCCAUACCCCGCCCUCACCAUUGCGGAUCUAGACCCCGCCCCCGAUGGGCACACCUCUGAGGGCUUCCUGCCACCACUCACUCAGUCAGCCUGGACACCCAGGGUGGUGCGCCCUACUAUCCCCACGCUCACGCAAGAGCAGCACCAGUCCAGUCGCAUCCCGCGCCCCGCGACGCCUAACUGUCCGAGCCAAGGCUCGCGGCGCCGGCCACCCCCGCGAUACCCCCGGACAGCUUCCACUACUGCGCGCGGAAGUCUGGCUGGGAGUGCGCAGACGCCCCCGGUGCUACCUUCGCCGCAGACCUUCUGGCGGGCGUACAUGGCGGGAGAGCCGUGGAUCAAUAGAACAUUCCGAAGCGGCGAAGUCCCCUCACAAAGCUACUUCCCCAGUGCGACGUCCAAGCUCCGGUCCCACACCCAGUCCCCAUGCACUCAAACACCUCCAACUCAAAUCACCGUGCGCACAUGCAUCGCCACCUUCUGGAACUUGGACGAGAGUCCCUUCCAGUUUGAUAUGAGGGUUGGGGUGAUCGGUCUCCUGUUAGGCAUUGAUGCGCACUCAAACGCCUUUUUGCGCGACACGGUCGAGCGGGUAGGGGGUGGACGUGAAGCCAGACCGGAGGCGGCGGAGCGCGGUGCGCCAGGCGCGCCACCAGAAGUGCUGAUGGGCGAAGCUGCGAAGGAGCUUGUGGAGUUUGCGCUGCAUCAUGAUGGCAGCUUUUUCGGCAUUGAGCGCAGCGGUCCAGCGGAGGCCGUCAAGUUCAGGUUCAAGAUGCGCGCGCGAGCUGCAUCGAGCUGCAUCGCGGAGGACUCCUCGAGCUCGACAUGCCACAAGCGCGAGUCGUGA